AUGAAACUUAGCAAUGUAGGUGAAAUUCCUUAUAAAGUGGCUAAAGAAAAUAAACAUAUCUGCUUUGACGAUUACAAACUGAAUAACACACAACUUGAGUAUUAUUAUAUUAGACUAGUCGAAAAACCCUUGAGCUUGAAACGCUGGAAAAAAGCAAGAGGAGAUCCUCUGCUACCUACGCAGGAUAUGACGUCAGUUAUAUUUCCAGUUUUCGAAAGCUCUAUUAAAAGUAAGUACUAUCAACUUAAAAUUUGCAUAUUUUUCACAUUUAUUUUCUUUCCUAUUUUAUUUAAUCAAGCUGAGGUUGUGGGCGUUUUCUUUAAGGAAAGUGCAUUACAUUCCAAAGGCUACAUCGCUGUUUCCAUAGGUGAAGGUCAUUUUAAUUACAUUGCUACUUGCCCAUUUAUUCAACCAAAAUCCAUUAAACGAAACGACAAGAUUAUUAAAGAAAAUCAUAUAAAAUACAUUAAAAUUUGCAAUACAUUUUGUAAUAAUGCGAAGCUAUUCGUGACUGUUGAUUCGGUACUAGCAUCAACAAUAUGUAAUCAUCUGUUACAAUACAUAGCAUUUGGCAACUAUUUGCGAUGUAUUCGUACGAUUAGUACAGAAUUAGAUAUCCAACACAUACUGGGAUGCAAACCACUCGGAUACGUAAAUAGUGCGGAAAGGGAAGAUAUUUUAAAAGAAAGAAGCAAGGCUUUGGAUAUCGUUCUGCAAAGACUAAAGGUUUUGCAUUCUCGAUUGGAAAGAAAGGAUAAUUUGUUAGAAAGUUACGAUGAUGAUCUGAAAGUUUUAAGAGAAACUGAACAAUAUGCAGGAAAGAAAACAGCUCAAGUGAAGAACUUAGAAGUCGAAGUCAGUCAGUACAAAGACGAGAUAUCCUACCUUCAGGAAGCUUUAAAAAAAUGUCGCAACGAAUUGGACGAUCAAACUAGAAUGAACACAGCGUUAAGACAGAGGAAGAUGUUUCUGAUGGACUAUAAAGAAGACACGCCGCCCAAACAACAUAAUUGUUAUGUAGACAAACAAAAAAAGUUUAAGGACGAUCAGAAAAGUAAAAAGAAAGAUGAAUUGCUGAAAAAGAGAAAAUUUGAAAUCGAGAAUCUAAAACAUCAACUUUGGAAAGCUGAUAUGGAGCUAAGCAAUGCAAAUUACAAAUUGCAAGAAGUCUCAAAGGAGAAGAAUUCGCGAUACGCAGACGAUGCAGACACAACAAACGAUUCUAUAACAGAAUAAAGUUACAUGGCUUCACAAAAUGUGGCAAAUCUCAUCGGUAGAUGUUUUAAUCCCUGUAAUUAUCGAUCCCCUAAGUUAUCUAUUUAUUACCAUUUUAAGUGUAAUUUAAUAACAGUGCGUAAAGUUUUUUGAUUUCUUACUUUAUUCUUUAUUUACUUUCUGCCACCACGCCGUGUUCUUUCAUGUAAGGCGUCACAAACACAGACAUACACACACCUAUAGAACUUCACUUUAGAAACAGAAUGUAAUGAAAAGUGGUCACAAUUUUCACUAAAUCCAAUGGCCGAACGUUUUACAAAUACAUGAGUUCCACAUUAAAGUCAUCACACAAGAGAGCGCUUAUCUCUGGCUGUAUUAUAGAACUAUACAAAAAUCUGUUAUCUUUAGCUGACUUAGUUCCUAUUAGUGGUAGUCAUCGACACAUGAUGUACAACGUAAAAAAUAAUCUUUUUAAACAGAGUGUAUUUUAUUUAUUAAUUAAAGGUAAUCCAGCAACUUUAAAAUGGUUGUUCUGUAUUAUGCACGAGUGAGGUGAGUAAA